CCCCCCACCUCCAUCCUACAGCCCCACGCUGUCUACUCCCUUUGCCAGUACCACCACCAGCGUGAUGGCUUGUUGUGCCUCGGGCUUGUUUGGACUUGCUACCACGCCAUCCCCCUCCACUACACAGACUCGCGGACGCAGCAGCCACUAGAGUGACCGAUACAGAGAGACAGAGGGGAGGGAAAAAGGAGAGACAGACCGAGAUAGAGAGCAGUACCACAGGAAAGAGGAGGGAUCAUCUGUCCCAGCAGCAGAGGGAUCCACCUGUCCCACAGAGGAAGGGGGGGGGGCCCCCCCACCUGAUCCAUCUGGUCGCAAGGGGGGGACCCUGCGUGGCCGCGAAGGCAACAGGGACUAUGCAGCUGAGACUGGUGGCGCUGGCAAUGGUCUUCCUCAGCUCCAUGGGUCACAGCGAUGCUCUCAAGCUCUCCAAAGCGAGAAGGCAGAGGCGGGUGAGUACUGAGGGGCCACCAUCUUGCCCCAAAGGCUGUGACCGAUGCUCGGAGUAUAACGGCUGCAUUAAAUGUAGGCCCAAGCUCUUCAUCUUCUUGGAGCGCAGUGACAUCCGUCAGAUAGGCGUGUGCCUCGCCUCCUGUCCUAUGGGAUACUUUGGCAUGAGGAACCCAGAGGGCAACAACAGAUGCACCCAAUGUAAAAUAGACAAUUGUGAAGCGUGUUUCAAUCGCAAUUUUUGCACAAAAUGUAAGGAGGGCUUGUAUUCACACAGUGGGCGAUGUUAUGUCAGCUGCCCUCCAGGCCAGCGCACCGCCAAUGAGACCAUGGAGUGUGUCGGUCAGCGUUCUGCAGAGUGUGAACUGGGCGAGUGGAGCCAAUGGGGUUCAUGUAUGAAGAAGAACAAAACAUGUGGAUUUAAAAAAGGUUCGCAGUCUCGGCUCCGCGAGCCCCUUCUGCCGGUCCACAGCCCAGACACCUCCCCGGCCUUUGUACCCUCACAGACCUGCGCUCCACAGACCGAGAGGAGGAAGUGCAAUGUGGCCAAGAUGCCCUGUGGGAAAGAGCAGAAGAGUAAGGGAGAUCGACAAGAUGACACAAGCAGGAGAGAGAGGGAGAAUCCACGCGGUCGAGCACGAGAAGGCAAAGAUGGCAGUAGAGGAGGGGGAGGGGGAGGGGGAGGGGGGAAGAGGCGAAAAGGCCAGAGCAGGACCACCACUGCUCCUAGCAUCACAACCAGCUCUGUCAGCUAAACUCUAUCGCCCGCUGGAUGGGGCUGAGAGAAACACAGACAAUGCCUCACCCAGCAGCACCAGCCACAGACAAAAGUCAAAGUGAUGAAGGAAUGGAAGGAAUUAAUGCUGCUAUGCAUUGGAGAAGAUGCAAAGAGAACUGGAGGACUGCUGCAACACAAAAGGCUUCUCUGAAGUUUUUGAAUAGAUGAACAUAUCUGGAAGAUACUGGUGUCUUAGUGGUGUUCAGAAAGACUUGUUGAUUUUCAUUCCACCGUGAGGGAUCACUGUUGGACUGCAAAGCCACGUUGAAGAUUGUGGUUUGUCACGGUUCGAGUCAUGAACCCGACCUAUGUCACUUCUUGAACUAAGAACAGAUUCCUGUGUUUGAAAUGCAGCAUUCAAGCUGGAAGUCUAAUAAUGAAUGAAGGGUCUCUUCCGUCUCCUCUGUUCUAUGAUGUAUUUUGUUCCAGUCCGAUUUUAAUCACAAUCUGUUCUUCAUUUGUUUUCAUGUUUGCGAGAGGUGGCAGAUGGAUUUUCUCAACAGCCGCUGUACGUGAUGUAAAGACAAUGAAUAGUAUUAAGUCUGGGUACCUUUUAUUUCCUAUUGUGAGAUGAAACAAAAAAAAAAAAGAAAGGCACUGGAAAUCAUUUGUGGUUGUUGAGGACAGAAGGUCUUCUACACAGUAGAUUAUUCCGACGAGGGAAUCUAUAACAAAAUAACAAGCCUAAGAGAAGAUGGAGUAUUACUGGCUCAAAUCCAUCUCCGGUGUCUUGACACAAACUUUUGCCAUUUGAUAGCCUAGUUGUUUGUUCUGAAUUAAAUGUUGGCGUUUGUAUCAGAAAAUAACUGCGCCGAAAACAAGGAAUAAAAACACAAGUAUUUGCAUGUGUACAAGAUUGCAUGUGCGAGCCUUUGUGCAUGCAAACGUGUGUGUGUGUGUGUGUGUGUGUGUGUGUGUGUGUCUGUCUACCUAACGUCUGGGUGUUUGUGUACUUUGUAUGCAUUUCUGCACGGGAUCAAGUUGUUUGUCAAUGGAACUUUGUCGUUUGUACAUGUGUGUAUACGUCUGCACAUGUGUGUUAAUAUUGGUCUCAUAGAUUGAAGGAAUAGGUUCUGGAAAACAAGAGGAAGGAAAUGUAAAUGCACAGUGAUAUAUCAAAUAUGCAGUAACUACAAGCCACUGAUCAUCAUAUAAGCCAUCAAAUCAUCAGCUGCUCAGUAAUCAUAUCUGUUUGCAACAGGGUCUGAAGAUUUUGCACAACUAUAAUGUUUCCUACUGCUCAACUUUCAGAACAAUCAUAGCAUUCUACACAUUUAUACUCCAAAAGCUUCAUGACAUAACAGACGUAAGUAAAAGUUUCAGCUUUUUUUUCAUAGAAUGUUUUCCAUGGAUCUGUUUGCUUUACACACAAUAUUAGUUUCAGGAGAAGUUACACGCUACAUUAUUCAUUCAUACUAUGGAUUGUGAUAGUGAAUAUGUCAAACUGUGCUUAUCAUUAAACAUACAAAGUAUUAGAAUCAUCAUGUAAAGCUUAUUCUGUGAAAGCCUAAAUAAAGUUCAGAUGAAGUCAUACACUGA